GACGGCACCACCUACGCCAGCGGGUGCCAGCUGCGCGCCGCCAGCCUGACGGCCGAGAGCCGCGGCGAGAAGGCCAUCACCCAGGUCAGCAAGGGCACCUGCGAGCAAGGUCCUUCCAUAGUGACGCCCCCCAAGGACAUCUGGAACGUCACCGGUGCCCAGGUGUACCUGAGCUGUGAGGUCAUCGGAAUCCCGACCCCCGUCCUCAUCUGGAACAAGGUAAAAAGGGGUCACUAUGGAGUUCAAAGGACAGAACUCCUGCCUGGUGACCGGGACAACCUGGCCAUUCAGACCCGGGGUGGCCCAGAAAAGCAUGAAGUAACUGGCUGGGUGCUGGUAUCUCCUCUCAGUAAGGAAGACGCCGGAGAAUACGAGUGCCACGCGUCCAAUUCCCAAGGACAGGCUUCCGCGUCGGCAAAAAUCACAGUGGUGGAUUCCUUACAUGAAAUACCAGUGAAGAAGGGUGAAGGUGUGGAGCUAUAAACCUGUAGAGCUGAAAGUCCUGGAAAACUACAAUCCCCGUUCUUGCCUAAUAAAUUCCUUUUAAUCCAGUCCACUAACAUUUUAGUUAUAUUCACUGGUUUUACACAGAGAAAUACAAAAUAAAGGUAACACAUCAAGACUAUCUACAAAAAUUUAUUAUCUAUUUACAGAAAAAAAGCAUGCAUAUUAUUAAACAGAACAAAUAAAAAAUCCUUUCUAUCACAA